AGACUUUCUUGCCCAGGCUGGCCUUGAGCCAUGAUCCUCAGAUCUCAGCCUCCUGAACAACUAGGAUUCCAGGCGCUGCCCGGAAAGUCGCCGCCACCCAGCUGUCCUCACCCUCACCAGGCAGCAGUGUGAUCCCAGGGAAAUUUAAAUUCAAUUGUCACUGUACUCAAAACUCUGCGUUCUUUCAUUUAGGGUAGAAGUCAAAGUUCUUACUCACCCAUAGAGCUGUGGCCCAGUCACUGGGUCCUCAGGAAGCCUCAGAAGUCACCUGCCUGGUGUUCAUAUCUCACUGGACCCUGGUGGCUAAUGUCAGAAGAAAGUGACUCUCUAAGAACCAGCCCCUCUGCGGCGUCGCUCUCCGAGAAUGAGCUGCCGCCUCCGGCCGAGCCUCCCGGCUACGUGUGCUCGCUGACAGAAGAGCUGGUCAUCAAGGCCCGGGAGGAGCUGCAGGAGAAGCCCGAGUGGAGACUCCGAGAUGUCCAGGCCCUUCGCGACAUGGUGCGCAAGGAGUACCCCAACCUGAGCACGUCCCUGGAUGACGCCUUUCUGCUGCGCUUCCUCCGGGCCCGCAAGUUUGACUACGACCGCGCUCUGCAGCUGCUGGUCAACUACCACAGCUGCAGGCGAAGCUGGCCUGAGGUCUUCAGUAACCUGAGGCCCUCGGCCCUCAAAGACGUCCUCGGCUCGGGGUUCCUCACCGUGCUGCCCCACACGGACCCCAGGGGCUGCCACGUCCUCUGCAUCCGCCCAGACAGGUGGAUACCAAGCAACUACCCAUUUACCGAAAACAUCCGGGCCAUAUACUUGACAUUAGAAAAACUCAUUCAGUCUGAAGAAACCCAGGUGAACGGAAUUGUCAUUCUUGCGGACUACAAAGGAGUGAGCUUAUCAAAAGCAUCUCAUUUUGGCCCUUUUAUUGCCAAAAAGGUGAUUGGCAUCCUCCAGGAUGGUUUCCCCAUUCGGAUCAAAGCAGUCCACAUAGUAAAUGAACCUCGAAUAUUUAAAGGCAUUUUUGCCAUCAUUAAACCAUUCCUAAAAGAGAAAAUAGCAAACAGAUUCUUCCUCCAUGGGUCUGACUUGAAUUCUCUCCAUACAAACCUCCCAAGAAACAUCCUCCCCAAGGAAUACGGGGGCACCGCUGGGGAGCUGGACACUGCCACCUGGAACGCGGUGCUGCUGGCCUCAGAGGAUGACUUUGUGAAAGAAUUCUGCCAGCCCAUCCCUGCCUGCGACAGCAUCCUGGGCCAGACGCUGCUGCAGGAGGGGCUGACGUCAGAGGCUCAGUGUGAUGACUCCAUGCGUGCGGUCAAGUCCCAGCUAUACUCCUGCUAUUAGCCAUUCUCCUGGGAGCGUCGCCUCACCCAGCUCCUCUCCUUUCUUCACUCAGAACUUACAGUGCCAGGGCCUCAGUCUUGCUCUCUGUACUUCAAUGGCAGCAUAGGCGAACCCAUCACAGCAGUGAUGCCUUUGGUCCUGUCCUCCAGGGAAGACAUGGAAAGUGUCCCCAGUGAUUCUCAGACUCUCGGUUUGCAACUGUUGAUCUGGUAGCUGUCUCUGGUGUUAUAUAUCUCAGAAACAAAGCGGGGAACCAAAGUCACUGGUCUUCCUAGGAGAAAACCCACCAUAUUGGCCAGUCGCCAUUAUUCUUCUGCAGUCAGUUGACCAGAUCCACAAAGCUGACCAUGUGAAGCAUUGGGAUGCUGCUGUCUUUCCUGUGAACCUUAGCUGCAGACCUCCAUUGCUCAUAGAAAGCUCCGGGCUUGAGAUCCAGGCCCCAGUUCCCAUCGCUGGGUCUGGAAAGCACCUUCACUGAGUGGUGGGAGCACUUCCUGACCAGACUUGGAAGCCAGAGACUUCAAAACACCCUUGGCAUUCCUUUAUUUGGAUCUUGCAAUAGGAACUCCCACCCUCCAACCCCCAAAUCCAUAAAGCCUUAGCCCUGGUUCUCAAUGGAAUCAUACAGGAUCCUAGAAGUGUAUGAUUUGUUCAACAUAAUAGACUAAUUUUAGGCCUAUAGAAUUCUGACCUAGCAGUCCGAGACCUGCGCCUUGGGUGAGACUGUGGACAUGAGCCUCUUUUGCUGCUGAGGUUUCUGUUAUUGGUGUUAAGCUACCACUAGGUUUUCUGCCUAGAGAGAUGACUGUCUAGAUAAAGUGUCUGAGUCCUAAUAUUAUGUGGUAUAUACACAGGCCUUUCCAUGAGGAAGUGCCACGAUUUGGUCUUGCUCUUAAAGAAACUGAUGUGUAUAUUCUUGGGACUUAGUGAGAGCAACUUGCUGUUUUGGUAGUGAUGGUUAAACUGAACAUGAGGAUCAUUUUUGUGAGGACCAAAUGAGGUGACAUGAAUCCUGUAUGAAUUCCUUCCCUCCCUGAGACAGUACUGUAUUGUCAACCCCGUUCCAGUGGUUCCAAUACAUGGGCUUCUUAAAUUUCAUUCCCAGAAAUACACAGAGGCAGGCCCCCGCCCUCUCAGAUCCACUGGAGUGUUUUUCUUUCUCUGGUGGGAGGACCAGUCAGCCCAAAUGUUGAUUUUCUGUGUCAGCACUUUAGAUCUCUCCUGUCAAGAUUUUAGCCUUAACCCAAGCAUCAAGUAAGGAAGGGGUUCAUCUGGUGGCCUCUUCAGAUUUAUCCCAUGCAGUUACAGAAUUAGUGACAAGUAUUACCUGUUGUGUGUGAUUUUACUGUACGUUCAUUCAACUAAGCAGGCUGGGCAGAGAGCUCAGAGAGCAAGUACUCAAAAAUCCAAAGGUCUGUUCUGUUGUUCAAAUGGACUGGGGAAGAUGCUGGUUGAAUUCAUUUACUCACCUUGUUAAUGCCAAUUGUAGGGAAAGUUAUUUCCAUCAUACAUACUGACCCUGGGUCCUCUACAAUCCUGGCUGAGCUGGAAGUGCCAAAUGUAGACCCUGCCCUGCUGGAAGCGCCUUGUUGAGGCAAAGUAAAAAAGCCAGGAAGAUGGGUUCAGAACUGGACAACCUGGACAGGAGAACCCAUUAAAAACUUAUCACUUGAGGGAAAAGAGUAGGAAACUCUCUCUCUCUCUGCAAAGAGAAGGAUAAUCACUCAGUCUCACCAAGUUCCCAGGUUUGAGUCCUGCAGCUUGUCCUGGCUAAUCAUCUUUAGCCUAUGAGACUUCCUACAAGGAUAAGUCAAGUUCAGUUGAGAAGUAUCUCAGAGGCCCAUAAAGGCUCUUUCCCAUGUCACAAACCUUUCUGGUUACAGCUGGAGCUGUUUUUAUUCAGCCCUUGCGGACAGCUUGGGCCCCUCUGCCUCCCAGAGUGGCUAGGCUUUGUUUUGGCUUCAAAGAGCGAUCCCUGUAGUCCUGGCACCUUGGCAGGGUUGCAGCAAGCUGUGAAGCCAGGCAGGGUGCUGUGUUUGCUGGCAGGGGUGCAGGGAGCACCCCUCCCCCCCCAUGGAGAAACAGUGAACACAGAGCUGGAGGUGUCUCACACAGCAAGGUGUGUGGAAUGGGGGAGAGGAAGGAAUAGGGUAUUAGGAAAACCAAGUGCCAGCUUUAUCUUGCUUAUCUGGCCUUAAGUAAGCCACUUAACAUCCCUGCAUUAUUAUAGGACCAAGGAAACAACCCUUCCUGGGAUCUGACAGCUUUUUACCUUCAUGAGGAGAGGUGGAUGAAAUGUCAGAGAUGGCAGAAGUGUAACCCCGGCUUCAUGGCCUGCUCUCUGCAGAAACUACUUUGGAUGUCUCCACAUAGCUUGUCCUCAGUUUAAGCACUGAAGGUUACAGACCACUGAUUAGAAGCAUGUCUCCCAAACUGAGAUAUUUCUUAAGGCUUUACUAUGAAAUUUCUAUAAAGGUCCGUCCACCAUCAAUGCUGGGGUUUAUUGCAUCUGUACUGCUGUGGUGGCAUUAUGACAAUACCUCAUCUUCAAGUUAAUGUUCCAGGAUUUCCUUUCCAGCCUCCUUUCACUUAGGGAAUGAAAAGCAUUGGCCAAUGCUAGAACUGUGGCUGUCCCUUGGUCCUGAGAGGCCUGGACACAACACACUGCUCAGGAAGCAUGCCAGCCCUCCUGAGUCCCAACAGUGUGGGCAAUCUAGUAACUUGGCAGAUCUAAAGGCAAUUCCUUUCUGUUCUCCUGACUCAGAAGGGAUUUGCUUGAAAUGCAGGCAAACCAACAUCAAAUGUUCCUGCAGUCCUGGAGCUCGCUUUGCGGGAAGGUCAGCUUUGUACGCACAGAUGUAUUUUCAACUUGCUGGGGGUUUUGUUGGUUUUCAAUCUCACAGCUUCUUUUGCCAGGCAGUGACCGCUGCUGAGCUGUGUAGCCAGGCCCUUCCAGCAUAUCAGGAACCUGUUGCAGGCGAAAUACUUGAAACCCCCGUCUAGCCCUCGGUACCAAGCUGAGGAGGCAGGAGCCGCCGGGCUCGCUUCCUGCCCAGUCACAUCCCUUGCUCCAAACUGAAAUUCAGUUUGCCUUUGAGUGUAGGGAUGUGGAGUAGACUUCGUGUUUGUUUUGAUCAAAAGUUUAUUUUUCUAGUGCAUUUUUCUAAGGGUGGUGAAGAUAGUAAUUUUAGGAUGCAUGUCUGGGGCCUAGAGAAUAAAAAUCCCUGUGUACUGUUG